UUCAAUAAUUUCUCUCAACUAUGCAUAUUGAGACAUUGCUAAUUUCAUUGCACAAAUUGCUACAAAAUAAAAUAUGAACCUUGAAAUCAUCGGAAGAAGAAUCAAUACAUUUUUCAGAUUACGUUAUGAUACUAAAAGUCAAUUCCUUUUGUAAUUAGAGCAUCUAUUUUUUUGUGUGAAUUUUUACUCUGUUUGGCUGAUUCAUGUAGUUUUCUGUGUUAUCCAUUGAAUUUUUUUUCCAAUUUUUGGUGUUUGUUUGUGGAGAACUGGCCCUCUUUGCUAUGAUUUUUAGUUUGUGGUUUUAUGAGGAAAAAAUGAAAUGGGAAGUUAUGCACAUAACCUGUUUGAUGAAAUGUCUUAUUCGAGUUGGAUCACUCUAUAAUGCUAUCAAUAAUUGUACUAAUCCAAUCGCAUAUGUUUUUCUCCUAUCAAAAGGAAAGAAAUAGCGGAAAUAUAUGUUCGAGCUCCUAAUCCUAGCUUUAUAGUCUUAUAAACGUCAGAAUUUGCAUCGAUUUGUAUCUAUUCAGCAAUCACCCCGCUAGUUUCUUUGAUCCCACUCAGUCUAUCUUAUAGUUUUAUCCAUCCAGAAAAUUGUUGGCCUACGAAUGUGGUUACAAUCCUUCUAGUUUUUUUAUAACAAUGGUGUUUGGGCCAGCUAUCACACACCUCGAUUGAUUCGAUGAAUACACCUCCCACCAGCAAUAAGUACCAAGUAACUUUGUCUACCAAUGCUAGGACAGAUGGGAAGAAAUCACCUAGUGUUUUUGUCUUUGUUGGAAUAUAAACUUGAGACCUCAUGGUUCUCAACCCACUUUGUUGACUACUAGGCGAUAGUCCUUGAGUGUGAACCUUCUUAGCGGAUUUGGUUAUGGUCCUUAUGGAAAAAAGCUUGUUCUUUAAUCAGACUCAUACACUUUUGUCUCGUUAUUUGUUGUGUUGAGUCUUCUUGGUUUGGUAGGUCGCAUUCAAUAAAACUUCUUUUGGACUCCUGAUGAGAUCAAAUUUUCCCAAUCCUAAUGAAGGUGGGGAAGUGAGCAAGUCAUGUUCAGUCUAACAUUCAUGUAGCUACUAGCUUCUUUUUUUGUUGAAGGUAUUUCCGUGGUGAGCGGAUCAAUACAAAAUGUGGCGGCUGUAUGAAGGUUGGAACGACAUUUUGAAGAUCCAAAAGUUCCGGAGAAUUGUGUCCUAUACUGGAUUCUAUUGCUUCGUUACAGUCAUCACAUAUGCUUACACCAACAACACUACUAGAGCAGGGUACUCGAGAGCUGACCAAUUCUAUGCUUCUUAUCCAGCUGGAACAGAGAUCCUUACUGACACAGCUAAGUUAUAUAAAGCAGCGUUGGGGAAUGUCUUUGAAGUGGAAGAAUGGGGACCAGUCGAAUGGUCCGUCCUGGCUAAACAUUUUGAACGUCAAGGAAAAUCACCAUAUGCAUACCAUGCUCUAUACAUGGCACACCUCGCUUCUCAUGGUCAGCUAGAUGGAAGUGCCUAGCGGAAGGCUCCGUAGAAGCAAACCGAUGAUCUGACUCCUCUCAUCUGCAUCUUGAGCAGGUUUAAAUCUAAUUCAAGAAGCUGAAUUCGUUGAUAGAAAUCGAACCAAAUUGUUAUGUAACUUGUUGAACAUGUAUUAACCUAGCCUAGCUUAUCUCAUAUCAAUAUGAUAAGUUGUUAGGAGUGAUUAUAUUGAAUAAAUAGAUUCGUGUCCUCUCCUCUCCUUUGUUAUUCCUG